AUGGCCAAGUCCACGUUGCUGAAUGUGUACCUGCUGACCUUCAACGGCGUCUCGUGCGCUGGCUGGGCGUACGUUUUGUACCUGACGGUCGCAACGGUCCUCCAGGCGUACGGAGCUGGCGAUCAGGACUGGAGCCAAGUGGCGCAGACGACGUGGAACGUCGUGUCCCUGCCGCUCAAAGUGGUGCAGACGAUGGCCGUGAUGGAGAUCGUGCACGCUGCCGUGGGCUUUGUGCGCUCGCCACUGGGCUCGACUCUCAUGCAAGUGAGUUCUCGGCUCUGGCUCGUCUGGGCUAUCAACGUGCUAUGUCCCGUAUCGCGCUACCAGUUCGGCUUCCCGCUCAUGGUGGCCAGCUGGGGCCUCGUCGAGGUGCCGCGCUACUCGUUCUACGCGCUCAAUCUGUACAACGCAGUGCCAAACUUCCUCUUCUUUCUGCGCUACCACCUCUUUAUGCUGCUUUACCCGUCGGGUGUGCUCGGUGAAGUGCUUUGCAUGGUGAGCUCGUUCGGCUUUCUCUCCACGGGUGCCUAUUCUAUCCAGCUGCCCAACACGCACAACGUCUCGAUCUCGCUCUACGUGGUGGUCAUCCUGGUGCUCGUCUUGUACAUCCCAGGCCUGCCCGUCAUGUAUGGCCACAUGCUCACACAGCGCAAUCGUGCGUACUCCAAGUCAAAGAUCAAGACUGCAUAG